AAAGUGAACGAAAUGUUCAGGAGCGACUCUGGAGUGCACAAACUGGUUCGUUUGCCUGGCCGCCUGUGCUGCUGCUGGAACAUCUACAGCUACAACGGAGGGAAACUGGAACACUGACGCGACUCUUCACUCAUUUCGGAGGAAUAUCGCGGCUUUUGCACCUUUUCUGUAAGGCGUUCAUACUUAAAGAGAAGAGCCAAGUCAUUCGUCCAUGGCCAGUCCGGUUGCAGACCUUGGACAGUCUCAUCAGCAUCACCCUGUGUCGGAGUCGGCCUCCGACUCUGCGUUUCUGGAGGCUCAGAAAUGGAUCGAGGCUGCGACUGGACGGUGCUUUGGUGACAAGGAUUUCCGAGGAGGAUUGGAGAACGGGAUUCUGCUGUGCGAGUUACUGAGCUCCAUUAGACCUGGCUUGGUAAAGAAAAUUAACCGACUGCCAACACCAAUAGCUGGCCUGGACAACCUGAGUGUUUUUCUGCGAGGUUGUGAGGAGUUAGGACUUAAAGGCUCGCAGCUGUUUGACCCAGGAGACCUGCAGGACACAUCUACACGUCCUGCUGCCAAGGGAAGCGACUGCAGCCGAAGGCUCAAGAAUGUUUUAAUCACCAUCUACUGGCUCGGCCGUGCUGCCAACAGCUGCACCUCCUACAACGGGCCCACGCUGGACCUAAAAGAGUUUGAGGGCUUGCUGUCACAAAUGCGAAAGGAGGCAGAGGCGGCAGAAAGUCCUCAACGCAGCAUUCGGGACAGUGGCUACAUCGACUGCUGGGACUCUGAACGCAGUGACUCGCUCUCCCCGCCACGCCACGGACGCGAAGAUUCAUUCGACAGCCUGGACUCCUUCGGUUCGCGCUCGCAGCAGACUCCGUCGCCGGAUGUCCUGGUCCCACGCGGCAGCAGUGAUGGCCGCGGCAGUGACUCGGAGUCCGACGGCACCCCUAACAGGAAGAUGCCGGACCUCCACAAGGAUGACAUGUUGGCGCGGCGGACAUCAGUCACUGAGCUGCGCACCGCCAUGCCUUUCAACCAGUACCUCCCCAACAGGAGCAAUCAGAGUGGAUACGUGCCAGCACCGCUUCGCAAGAAGAAGAACGAAAAGGAGGAGACAGGCCAAAAGAGCUGGAGUACUGCUACAUCACCUGUAGGGGGAGGCAGACCCUGUAGGAGUUUGAGUAUGAUCGACAUGCGUGGUGAAAACGAGGGCAUCCUGCAGCCGCACAGUCACAUUCGUCAUGAGCUGAUGCACAACCAGUACAACAGAAUAAAAGAAGAUGAGAAUCACUGGCAGGAAGACCUGGCCCGAUGGAAAAGUAGGAGGAGGAGUGUCUCUCAGGAUCUGAUCAAAAAAGAGGAGGAGAGGAAAAUGAUGCAGCAACUGAUGUCAGGAGGCAGCUGCAUCUCUCAAAGAAGAAAAAGCAUCAAAACCUACAGAGAAAUUGUGGAGGACAAGGAGCGGCGUGAGGAGGAGCUGCGGGAGGCGUACCAGAAAGCCAGAACUCCAGAGGAGGCAUCGGCCAUCCUCCAGCGCUACGCCCAGCGUUUCUCCAUCAGCGAGGCCGUCCUGGAACGCCUGCAGCUGCCCAAGCUUCUGGACCGCAGCAUGUCGGCCGACCCCUCCUUUCCCACCUCGCCCUUCUCCCUCUCACUCUCCUCCUCCCCCACGACUCCAGACCCUUUCGACGAGGCGCCCGACGGGCCACUGAGGUACCUGCGGCAGCAAUCUGCGCCGGCGCCACGGUUUACGUCCACACUGGAGGCGCAGAUUGAAGAGUUUCCCAAAGACUCGAGCUCACACCAGCGGCCUCAGAUCCGAUCUCGCUCUUCUGAACCACCGUCCACCCGGGCCCUGUCACCUAAACCGGUGCCUUUGCUGACACCAAAGCCUUACUUUCAGCCCCGACCGUCGGCUGAUGAAAAAUGGAAUAGCAAGGCGGACGGUUUGCUACGAGUAAACGGCGACAUCAGAAAUGAUCCCAGUUCCAUGAAGUCGGAGAGCAAAGAAAGGGACUCCCCUGCUCUGUUCCAGGCAUCUCCAGAUGCCCCCCAUUCAGACGCCUCACCCGCUCUCAGUUCGCCCACCUCCCCCGAAAGAGGAAGUCCAGUGUUAACAAAAACCAGCGGCAAACAGAGCAACAUGGAGGCAGACUCAGUCAAUGAGGGUUCGCCCACUCCCACUCGACCCACUUCUCUUCCGGAGGAGCUAAAGCAGCCAGUGGACAGCUUUGUGGAGACGGGAGGCCAGAAAGAUUCUGCUCAACAGGAAGUAAAGUCAACUACUGCAGCUCAGAAAGCGCCACCUGCAGAUUCUAAAUCGGAGAAGACUGAACAGUCCAUAGGGAACAUAUUGCAGAUUCUCCCAACUGAGAUAAACACACCAAACGACCCGGCCGUAACAUCAACGGUCAGAGUUUCCUCCUGUCAGGAGUCUUUUGAGGGAGUGGAGACGACAUCGAGUCCAGCUGCCCCCGUAUCACUUGGACAUAACCCCCUGAGGGAAACGUCAUCAGAGUUUGAAAUCAGUGUCAAGUCCCCACAGUCCUCCAACAACCCUAAAUCACGCUGGGAGUUCUUCGCUCCACCAGAAGCAGCAGAGAAAGAUCAACAUGGAAAUGUGUCAGUCCCGGUGUUGGCCAAGGCCAGGCGGGGAGACCGCUGGUCUUGGGACCCGGAUGAGGAGCGAAAGCGUCAGGAAAGGUGGCAGCAAGAGCAGGAGCGCAUGCUGCAGGAGAAAUACCAGCGUGAGCAGGAGAAACUGAAGGAGGAGUGGGAAAAAGCACAGAGGGAGGUGGCGGAGGAGGAGAGGAAGUAUCAUGAGGAGGAGCGUCGGAUACUGGAGGAGACUGUGAUGCCUCUGACACCCCGCUCCUCAGCUCUGCCCUCCCCCAGCAGAGGGGGGCUCUCCUCCACCUCCGAGCCACAGGACACGAUUGUGCGUUCGCUGGCAGAUUGGGAACGAAAACAAGAGCUACUGGAGAGACAGUCUAGAGGAAGUACAGAGAGUGCAGAGUGGAAAAGGAAAGAAAAUGACAGAACCAGUGACAUCAGCACUGCUGACGACAGCAUGAAGACCGGCAGAAGCUUGGUGAGUCAGAACAGCAGUCAGGCAGAGAGACUUGGUCACAGUGUUCACAAUGGCCAAAAGCUUCCUCCGACGUCCCCCAAAUGUUCAACUCCACCCAAGAAGCAAUCUGGGCCUGACAGCACCAGAACCAGCCGGCCUGCUGGAGAACGAAGGUGCGGACCCACUGAUAACAAUGUAAGAAGCUCAUCAAAGCCCCUCGCAGCAUGUCCAUCAGCACCAGACACAUUUCCCCCACCGUCCAACAGGUCUGUCAGUGGGAAGAAGCUGUGUUCCAGCUGUAGUCAGCCUCUGGGGAAGGGAGCAGCCAUGAUCAUAGAGACUCUCAGCCUCUACUUCCACAUCCACUGCUUUAAGUGUGGGGUGUGUAAAGGACAGUUAGGUGACACAACCACAGGGACAGACGUCCGGAUCAGAAAUGGACUCCUCAAUUGCAACCAAUGUUACAUUCGUUCCCGCUCGGCCGGACAGCCGACCACAUUGUGACGCUCAAGUGAAAAGCACAAGGUUUACAGAAGAAAGUCUCAUUCUCAUUUUAACCUGAUUAUCCACCAAUCACGUCCUGCGCAGCCUGUUGGGAUGUAUGCUUCCUCUGCAGCACCGAAGAUGCAUCAUAUGAGCCAAAUAGACAUCUGGGAACUGUUGAAUGUUUAAAACAAGAACAUAUAUUAUCUGUGCUCAUGUCAUCUGGUACGUGAGUGAAUUCUGGAUUCAAUUCGUCUUUCCAUAAAACAUGCUUCAUCA